AUGAAUGGAGUGGCCGUGGCUAAACACAGUGUACUACAAGGAGGAGCACAAGCUGGUGCUCCAACAAGAGCUGUUCCUGCAGCACAUGCAGCCAUACAAGCAGCAAAAUUAAGUGGUCCAGCAGUCACUGAUGAGAUGCAAUAUAAUAAUAAGAUGAAUAAGGUAAUAAGACGACGAACGGCCAAAUAUCGAUCAUACAAUGAUGAGUCGUGCUAACCGCGGUCGCUACUUCGACUUUGCUAAAGACUCUCAUCAAACGGUUUGACUUGGAAAUUAAGAAGUCAAUUAUGUUCGAAUGAUCAGAAAAGACGGUCAUAAAUGAGAAAUUAAAUUUCUUAAUUUUUCAUAAGAGAAAAUGCCGAGAUAACUAUUAUUUGAAUAUAUGAAGUAUGUUAAAUGAAACAAUGAUGGCUCUUGGCAAUUUCCUUUGACAAUUUUAAAGGAAGUCAUAGUUGGAAAUACUCGUGACGCAUGGAUGGAUUACCUAUUGUUCUUUUCAAUAUUGUUAUCAGGAAAAAUUCAUACUUCUUCCACAAGAAUAAAUAUGAAAUCAAUAUCUAUAUAUAUUAACGAAAAUUCAUCGUCAGAAAGCCAGCUACUUCACAUCUACUAACCAUAAAUUAUAA